UAGGAAAUGUAGGAAAAAUCAAAACUCCGAUGACUCUUUUAGUAAAAAUCUAGCUGAAUUGUAGAAAUGGAUAAAGUUAUUAAACUUAAUAAUCAGACAUCUGGUCGUGAUAAAUUGUUUAGACUUUUCCAGUACAGUAGCAAAAUUAUAUGGGCCAGUUUGGAGAAUAAGAAAAAAGACAAAGAUAUUAUAAAUAAACUCAAAACAUUAGAGUCUUCUUUAAGUACAGCAAGAAAACUGUUCAGAUUUGGCCGAAGUGCAGACACUUUAUAUUCUGCUCUUAGUAGUCUUCAUUUAGAUGAUCCUCAUUUGCGGUUUUCUAUAACAUUUUCUAGAAUAAACAUGGCACUGUACUUAUUUUCUGACCAUAUUAUAUGGCUGGGAAGAACUGGACUUUUAAACAUUGACAAAGACAAAUGGUCAAAGUUGAGUUAUCAAUUAUGGUUAUAUUAUCUAACUAUGAACUUAUAUAGAGAUAUUUAUGAAAUAAGUUCUAUUGUGAAUAGAUGGAACAGUGGGGACCUAAAUACGGAGCUUCAAUGUGGUAAAAAGAAGCCAAGUAAUUCUCUUAUAUAUAAACUUAACAUGUUGUGUAAGUUGCUGAAAUUACGUAAAGAUUUAGCUCUAGAUAGCAUUAAGAAUGCUUGUGAUGUAUGUCUACCCCUUGCUCAGCUGGGAUACUUAAAAAUUUCUCCGCGUGCAAUUGGAGUGCUUGGAACUAUUUCAUCUUUAGCUGGUAUACUGCCCUUAUUAGACCCUUCAUACAAAAUGUCUCCAUAGUUUUACUACAAGUUAAAAUAGGAGCUACGUUAAUAUCAGAAGCAGUUUUUAACAUUUUAAGUUUUUAA